AUGGACUCGACGUCGUCAUUGUUGAAGUCUGUGACCAAGCGCGUGUGGUCUCCGUCCCAGCGUCCAUUCAGGGUGCGCAGUCACAACAGCGAGGCCAAAAAAGGCGUCACGGCCUCGACCUUGGAGGAAUUGAAAGACAGGGUCUGUCGGGCCUUAUUGCUAGUGUCGCCGGUGUCCCUUGUUUGUGAGGAGGACGGGACGGAGGUGGACUCUGAUGACUUCCUGGCCACUCUGCCGGACAACGCUGCCAUCGUGGCUCUGAGGCCCGGACAGACGUGGCGACCCUCAUCGAAUACAUCCGUGGCCCUACGUCAGGAGAAGCUCAAGUCCAAAGAGGGAAAAGACAUCGCUAGCGUCACCUUGGACCUUUACAAAAUGAGCCCCAAGGAUUUGUUCGGUUCUCUGAGCGUGAAGGCCACUUUUCAGGGCCUGUACUCAGUGAGCGCAGACUUCCAGUGUCUGGGGCCCAAGAAAGUCCUCAGGGAGGCCCUCCGCGUCGCCUCCGCCCUCCUCAACGCCGCCGGACACCUCCUCAUCACCUCCGCCUCUGUGAUCCGCCGCGUUAUCGAGGGCGUGGAGCUUUGGCAGUCGCCGCAAAAGGGGCAUCUCUAAGCCCAUGUGAAAAAGUAUUAUCUGGGGGGCUUUUGA